AUGAGCGAAAGCCAAGUGGUUCAUUUUAGUACACGACGGCAAGGCUUGCAAAGAGUCCGUACUGGUUGUGCGACGUGCAAAAUUCGAAGGGUUAAGUGCGACGAAACGCACCCCGUCUGCAAACGCUGUCAAUCUACCGGUCGAAAAUGCGACGGUUACUAUCUCGUCUCCCGAACCGAAUUAUCCCAUAUUAUCCCCUCUAGAAUACCCGAUGCAGACGAUAGUUCUCUCCGCAGUUUGGAAUUCUUCCAGCAUGUGGUGGCCCCCGUUCUCUCCGGGCCACUGGGUCGAUCAUUCUGGACCCAUCUGGUCGCUCAACUCGCCCACCAGGAACCCGCCGCAAGACAUGCUGUGAUCACCAUAAGCUCUCUUUACGAACAAUUCGGCAAAGGACUAAAGGAGAUUCGAUCUCCAUAUGAUGAUGGCUACGCAAUGCGGCAUUAUAACAGCGCUAUCAAGGACAUCAUAUCUCUCAAAGCACAUUAUCGCGAACAGGUUGACACAGCCAUCAUCGUCUCCAUUCUCUUCUCUUGCAUCGAGUGCAUGCGAGGAAAUAAGCAGGCCGCAGUUAGUCACUGUAGACAUGGGAUCCUGCUUAUGAAUUCAUCCCGCCCCAAUGCAGAGCUAGCAUCUAUCUUUCGCCAUCUGAGUUUCGUGACCCUGUUCUCUAACGAGUGUCUCGCAGAGCUUCCUUUCCUAACAAACGGUGGCUACCCAUCCGCCCCAACCCCCUUCCAGACCUUCGCGCAAGCACAAGAAAUGAUAGACUGGCUAGGAUAUCACGCGGUAAAGUUAGCCCGACUAAGAGACCGAUAUCGAACCUCCUCCGCAUCCUCAUCCUCAUCCUCAACUGCCUCGAAAUAUUCCCAGUUUUUCUCAAAGGAGAUCCGCCGACUGAAUAUUUACAUGGAGACAUGGUUUGUCUCAUUUACCCCUUUGAAGGAGCAGUCAGACACAGAUCCAAGAUACAAGUCCAUUGCCCGAAUUCUGGAGAUGCGAUGGCUGGCGUCAAAAAUCUGGACAAACUCUUUCAUCGAGAAUGACGAGACCGCCUACGAUGCUUACAUUGAUGAAUUUGAGCGAAUUGUUGAGAUCGCUGAACAAUCACCACCCACUGAAGAUCCCUUCUGGUCAAGGUCGCCGAAAUUCAUGUUCGAGAUGGGCUUUGCGCCGCAGCUUUACUUCACCGUCAUGAAAUGUCGCUACCUUCCACUUCGACUCAAGGCCCUUGCUUUGAUAAAAGAGAAAUGCUGCGAAAGGGAAAUUUUGUGGGAUUCAAAAGUGAUAUACACGGCAGGUAGACUGGUUAUUGAAAAGGAGCAUGGGAUACAACUUCCUGAGGACCUCAGCCUUCAAAUGCGGAAGAUGAUUGAAAAUCCCCCUCCUGCUCCGAUUAACAGUCAUCGACUGCGUGAUUUCACAGUCUCUGGGGCUGAGGAUGAAAAUUCCGUUCAGGAGGUUCAUGGGCCAUUGGAGACUGCUGAUAAUCGGAUUUACUUUCAUUUUCCAACUUCACUGAGUGAGGAUCUUGGCUGA